CUCAUUCCUUGUUGUGUGUGUUUCUCACUUUCUGUCAUCUCUAAAAGCCUGUGGCAACGUGGUCGAGGAAGAAAUAUACAUUUUUUAAGAACUUUGGAUAUUUACAGAACAUUUUUUGGUUUUGGUUUAUCUAGCUUCCCUCGACACUGGCUCCAAGAUGCAGGGGAUGAAAACCUCCAACCAGCCUCUGAUCUCCAGUUAUCAGACCCCAACUGAUACUCCCGGCCACAAUGACUCAGAAGCCUGCACUACCCUUUAUGACCACCGGAAGUAUGCCCAAGUAUUCAUGCCCCUAAUGUACUGCAUUAUCUUUAUUGUGGGUUUAUUGGGCAAUUCCCUGGCACUGCAUGUCAUCUGGCCAAAUAUGAAGAAGAUAAACUCCACAACACUCUAUUCUGCCAACCUGGUCAUCUCUGACAUCCUGUUCACACUGUCACUACCAUUACGGAUAAUAUACUAUGCCCGGGGCUUUCAUUGGACCCUGGGGGAGACCCUAUGUAAGAUUACAGGGCUGAUAUUCUACAUUAACACCUAUGCAGGGGUUAACUUCAUGACCUGCCUCAGUGUGGACCGUUUUAUUGCUGUAGUCUUGCCACUCCGAUUCGCACGCUUCCGGAAGGUCUCUUAUGUCCGAUACAUCUGCAUAGGGGUUUGGCUGCUGGUACUAAUGCAAACCUUGCCUCUCCUCUCCAUGCCUAUGACUAAUGUGGAGGCUGAUGACUUCAUCACUUGUAUGGAAUAUCCCAACUUUGAAAAUGUGCCCAACAUUGCCCACAUACUCAUUGGCGCAGUGUUUCUAGGAUACGGAUUCCCACUGGUGACCAUCCUGGUGUGCUACUCUAUACUGUGCUAUAAACUCCGCCUUUCAGCCAAGGCCAAUCACCUAACGGACAAGUCGGGGCGUAGCCGCAAAGCUAUUGGGGUGAUCUGCUGUGUCUCCCUUGUGUUUGUCAUUUGUUACAGCCCUUACCACAUCGACUUUCUCCAGUACAUGAUCCGAAAGCUGAUCUAUACACCAGACUGUGCAGAGCUCACAGCCUUCCAAAUUUCUUUACACUUCACUGUGUGUCUGAUGAACCUUAACUCCUGCUUGGAUCCAUUCAUCUACUUCUUUGCUUGUAAGGGUUACAAGAGGAAGGUGAUGAGGUUCCUGAAGAGGCAGGUGAGUGUGUCCUUCUCCAGUGCAGUAAGGACAUCGCCAGAGGGGUCAUCUAAGGACAUUUUAGAUGGCAAUAAGAUCCAUCUCAAUAGCAGCAGGUGGGAACCACAAGUAAACAGUGAAAAGUAAAUGACAACCAAACAGCAGACCAGUGAGCCAAAGACCAGCAAAUAUAUUGGAGAGCCAACUACAGUCCAAAAAAAAGAAUGGUAAGCCAACGGCCAGACAACACCCUGGUGAGCCAAAGACCAGCCAACACACCAGUUAGCCUACCAAUGACCAGCCAUCAGAUUGGUGUACAAACAAACAGCUAAAAAGGCUGGCAAACAAAGAACCCAAAAUUUUGUAACAACAAGCCACAAAUAGGUGAGCCCACAACCACCAUGACCAGUGAACCAACAAACAAUCAUACCAGUAAGCCAAACUCCAGACUAAAUUUGGGUGAACCAACAACCAGUCACGUAGGACUGAGCCAGCCAAAGAUACAACAACCAGCGGAAGACACACCAAUGGACUGGUUAGAGAACAACCACCCAACAGAAGAGUUUGAAGUUGGUUUGGUUAGUAUGAAACCACCAAAAUGCAAAGGAACGCCUGAGGAGAUGAACUGAAUAUGUAUAAUUGAUUUGAACUCAACAGUUGAUUAGCUCCCAACUUCGGGAAAUCAUUUGUUCCUGCCUCUGCCAAGAUAGUGACUAAGUGCUGUAAAGCAGAAACAAAUGAAAACAUGGAAAAUAUUUGAAAACAUGGAUCUUUUUAAAAAUGGACAGCUAAAUGUUACUUUUUGUUUCAGACUGACCAAAAAAUGUUAAGAUACUGGAACGUAUACAAUGCUCAGGAAUGAAGACUGUAAUAUGUUUGUUAUAUUUUGUGUAUUCAAUUCCUAGAUAAUAUUUUGCAAUUGUAAUUAAAUACAUUUCUAAAGUUCUCAAUAUAAAAUAAAAUAUUGACUAUAUUAGAGUCCAAACUCUCAGUGAAGUUUCAAAGAUUCAAUUUGCGAGAUGCUGUAGGAUAAAAAAAAUAAAUAAUAAUAGACCACAUUGAAAUCCUCUCAUAUACCCUAUUUAAACUGCAUAACACUUAGAAAUUUGAGAUUAAGAAGUGACUAACUAUAUUAAAUACCACCGACUAUUCGUACCAUGUAUAUAGUAGAUAUGUUUUAUGCCAAUUGGCGUUUGAGUUUGUAAUUAAAAUAAAACUGCCAUUUCAAAAGCUACUCCCUCCUCCUUCCAUGACUUUUCCUAAAUAGGCGUAUAUUACAUUGUUCCGUUGUCGGAAUUCUAAACUGAUGAACAGAAAACGAUUUAGAGAUGAUUUACCAGUUUUUUGUGUGUUAAUUAUGCUGUAUUGAGGUCAGUGGUGACAAUGACAUGAACAUAUACAGACCACUCGUAAUUUUUCAUAAAUCAGCAUCUCUACAUGUAUUGGAUCCAUUCCAUUCC